GCUCAGUCUGGACUCUGCCCUGACAAUGAAGGAGUUGCACAGUUGGAAUGAACUGAUCUCACUUUUCCAUCCAGAGUGAACGGAUGGACGUGGACGCCACACUUUUCAGAUUUUAUUUCUCACGAUCCCUAUAGGAGAAAGUGGACCUUCACAGACGCACCUUUAACAGCUUGUGAGCUGAGUGCUGGUGAAAAAGAGAGGAAGGAGACAGAGGCUGAGGGCCUCUGUGUGGAGACAGAAGGAAGCAAGUGAACACAGCCUGUCAGCGAGCUCUUCCUGUGACAGUGGCCUUGCCAGCAUGGCCCCCAAAAGGAAGUGUGUCAAAAAGCCCAAAGCAGACGUCAAGGAGACAACCAUCAUCGUGGAAGAGAGCCCCCUGAGCAAGCUGCACGCUCUGAACGGGCUCCUGGAAGGGGGCAGCGGCCUGAGCUGCAUUUCUUCUGAAUUGACGGAUGCAUCGCACGGACCCAACCUCUUGGAAGGGUUAAGUAAGAUGCGACAGGAGAACUUCCUCUGUGACCUAGUCAUCGGCACCAAAACCAAAUCCUUUGACGUUCACAAGUCCGUGAUGGCAUCGUGCAGUGAGUACUUCUACAAUGUCCUCAAAAAAGACCCGUCGGCUCCAAGAGUGGACCUCAACGACAUCUCGCCGCUCGGGCUGGCCACCGUCAUCGCCUAUGCCUACACGGGCAAGCUGACCCUCUCGCUGUACACCAUCGGAAGCGUUGUGUCCGCGGCGGUCCACCUUCAGAUCCACACUCUGGUGAAGAUGUGCAGCGAUUUCCUCAUGCGGGAGAUGAGUGUGGAGAACUGUAUGUAUGUGGCCAACAUUGCCGAAACAUACUCCCUGAAAACCGCCAAAGCUGCCGCCCAGAAAUUCCUACGGGAUAACUUCAUCGAAUUCGCCGAGUCCGAUCAAUUCAUGAAACUGACCUUUGAACAGAUCAAUGAACUCCUUAUCGAUGACGACUUACAGUUGCCUUCUGAGAUAGUAGCAUUCCAGAUUGCAAUGAAAUGGUUAGAAUCUGACCAAAAGAGAAUGAAACACGCAGCAGAUCUUCUGAGCAAUAUCCGCUUCGGCACCAUCUCUGCCCAAGACCUGGUCAAUCAUGUUCAGUCUGUGCCCAGAAUGAUGGAAGAUGCCGACUGCCACAAACUUCUGGUAGACGCGAUGAACUACCACCUGCUCCCCCACCACCAGAACACACUGCAGUCGAGGCGGACGCGAAUCCGAGGUGGCUGCCGAGUCCUGGUAACUGUCGGGGGACGCCCGGACCUUACUGAGAAGUCUCCCAGCAGAGACGUUCUGUAUAGAGACCCUGAAAAUGGAUGGUGCAAGCUGACAGAAAUGCCAGCCAAGAGCUUCAAUCAGUGUGUGGCUGUGAUGGAUGGAUUUCUUUAUGUAGCCGGUGGCGAAGACCAGAACGAUGCGAGAAAUCAAGCCAAGCACGCAGUCAGCACUUUCUGCAGAGCGGCAGUGGUCUCCGGAGCGGUGGUGGGCCACUCCAUGGCUGAGCGGCCUCCUGGGCACCGGCGGGCCACUUACAACAGCAGUAGCCAUGGCUGCCAGAACAACAGUCCUCAGAUCCCAAGAGAGACAGCUAGUCAACUGACAGACAGUGAUUUGAUUGACAGUCCCCCCUGCUGGACGGUACAUGGCGAUCUUUAUGCCUGUGUCACCAAACACAGACCAGGUUAG